AUGGUCGUUCGAAUUCGUUUGGCAUGCCAUGGAAUCAGGAAUCGACCAUUUUAUCAUAUUGUUGUAGCCAAUUCGAAGUGCCCUAGAGACGGAAAACAUAUAGAAAAGGUUGGUGUCUAUGAUCCAAUUCCUGGACCGGACGGAGUUAAAUCUAUCGAAUGGAAAGAAGACCGAAUCAAGUAUUGGUUGACUGUUGGAGCACAACCUAGCGAUACUGUAGCUAGACUUCUAUCGAGGGCAGGUAUUCUCCCACCUUUGCCAGAAAAGUUUAUCAAGACAAAAAGAAAACCGGUAGACUUGGCUCGAGUGAUGGGUGAAGAUAAGCUACAAGAGACGGAGUUGUCUCCUGAUGAAAAAGAGAAAACGGCUGCCUCAACUUCGUCUUAA